AUGGCGAUUGUUGUCUGUGUAUUGGCUAUGGAACAUGAGAGAUACAAUAGACAGAAUGCUAUAUUACUUCAGUUGUAUCAAGCAACCAAUGAAGAUGUGGAAAUAAGAAUUUCUGCUUAUUAUAUGGCAAUGAAAUGUCCACAUGAAGAGUUAUUUAAACAAGUGCAAAAGACUUUGCUGAAAGAAACAUCCAGUCAAGUGGGCUCCUUUGUUUGGAGUCAUCUCUCUCAGCUCCUGGAGACAGAUGAUCCAUUGAAGAAGCACCUUCGAGAUUCUAUUCCUGAUGAAAUACUUAGCAAAGAUUUUGACUGGGAGAUGUGGAAAUACUCCUCAUACUCUGAUGUCACCUUUCACACAGCUGGUGCAGGUGCAAAUAUGGAAGCAUCAGUGGUCUUUUCUCCUACAUCUUUUCUACCACGAUCAGUCAUGACAAAUUUGACUGUUCACUUUAUGGGACAAGCUAUAAAUCUACUGGAGGUUGGUGUACGAUUGGAGAAUGCUGAAACACUCAUGGAGAAGGUUUUCGGGCAGAAAUCUUCUACUUUCAGAGACUAUUUUUUUGGAAAUACUAAUGAAGGAAACCACAAAUCAGUAACCCCAGUGGAAACAGCAGAGAAAGUCAAGCAAAGGAACCCAGCUUUGAAGCGAGAUAGCCCCACUGAUCAUCUUGUAAGCAAGUCUGGCAAGCCAAAGCUGAGAAAAACAAACCAAAAUUGUCUAGGAAGAAAAUACAGUAAGAUGAAUGAGUUAGUCAAAAAGUUCACUGAGCGAACAGUAAGAAAGGAGGUGCUGAAAUGUGAGCUAAGCAUGAAAAUCUUUGGAAAUGAACUUAGUUUCUUAGAUUGUGAAGAUUUUAGAAAACAAAUGAAACAUUAUUCCUUAAAUCUGGCUGAGUUGGCUGUCAAACUUCUGAAGGGGCAGGAGGUCCAGUUUAAUAAAAGGAUGAUCUUGGCCACUGAAGAACUGCAUUUUCCAGCAAUUUCAGGCUUUUCUGUUCAACUGGCAGUCAGUGCCUCAGCAGCAAUCAACAUAAAAAUCAAAGGGAAUGCAGAUUUCAAAGAACAGUCCAAUGUCUUUUUAAAUGGAUAUAUCAAGCCAAGUGCAUUUGUCCAGCUUUCUGCCCAAAUGGGAAUUGUGGGGACUCUGGGACAAGCUGGCCUAAAGUGGUUAACAGGAAUGAGGACGUCUACUAGUCUUGAUGGAGGAAUCCAGGUGAAGAAAGGCAAAGAACUCAAGGUUUUCUUGAACACUCCAGAAGAAUCUAUGGAGAUAAUAAAUUUCAGCUCUAAACUCUACUUCAGAAUGGUGGAUGAGACGGAAGAUAUAGAUGUCUUCCAAGACCGCACAGAAACCAGAUCUUGCACUAGGGCGGAAUUGUCUGAGAUUAUUGGAUGGCAGCUGUGUUCUGAAAUGUCCUAUCCUGACCCAGCCAGUGGUUUGGUUUUCCCCCUGAGUGGGCCUUUGAGAGUGGCUGUGACAUUAACUAAGCAAGACAGAGGCCUGCAGCAGUAUGUGCUGGAAGCUGCCUAUAACUACAUAGCUCAGGAGAAUUCAUGGAUCCCAAGUGAAGCUGUCUUUCAUUUCUUCGUUGGGACUCCAAAGUCAGACUUGAAAAGAGAUGUUGGUGUUGACCUAAGUUUUAGUGUCCCACAGAAGAAAUUCAGAAUCCUAUUCAUACAACCUAAGAAAAAAAUUGAGAUUGAUGGGGGGAUUGAGUUUUCUAAAAAUUCCCAAGUUGGACAUCUGGAGCUGAUAGUGGAUGACAGAGAUGUGUAUUACAUUAAGGGAAUGGCAGAUUUGCAGAUGCUGAGUGGAGAGCAGAGAUACAUGACCCAGCUGGAGGUAAAGCUGAUACAGCAAGGCAGUCCUAUCAUUCUGUCAGGAAACAUUACUAAACAGCUUGGCAAGAAGAUAGCUUUUUCAGUAUCUCUGAAUAAUUUGUUGAAGGAUGCUGCAUUUCUUUCAGCACUUCUGGAGAAAAAGGUUAAUGAUAAGAUGAGACAAUAUUCGUUGGAAGGGGAAACUCACCUUCCAGGUGUUCUUGGAGUUCACGCCGUCGCUCUUCUCCAGCAGCAUGAGGGAUUGUGGUCUCAUGGUCUGCAGAUAAAAUAUGGACUCCUAGGAGAGGCAAAAACCCCUUGCCACGAGUGCAGUACGCAGCAGAAGGUUCAAGUGGAGAUGGGAGCACAGGGCUUGUACAGACUAGAGCUGGGCCAUGAGUUUCACUGUGUGCAGGCCCCCACCUACAGCCACCAGGUUAAUCUGGAACAUGAAGUGAGUGCAUCUUGGAUUUCGUCCCAGAUGGAAGUGAACUAUGGGAAACACUGGGAUGAAAUAAACAACAAGAAGAAACUGCUGAUCAGCCAAGCCUUUAAGAAUAGUUCCAGUUCAUCUGUAGUCAGCUAUUUCAUGGAGUUUACCGUGCAAGUCCUGGAAAAACAGGUGAAUUAUAGAACCCAGCUGCAGCACUUGCACUCCUCUCAGGUGUAUUUGCAGAGCAGCACCAUCUUUGAGGUGCAGUACAAUGACCAUGUACCAUUUGUGGCUGGGCUGCAGUGGAAGGAUGCAUCCAGAAAUGGCCUGAAGAAGUGGGAAGGUGGCUUCAAUAUAGACACCCCAUGGCUCUAUCUGUACACAGCCCACAAACUGCACCAGCCUCAGCAUUCUGCUUAUUUACUGACAUCCGAGCUGACAGCUGGAAAAGCUCUUUCCAUUAAAGACCUUGUACUGGAACUAUUCUAUAAGGAUCAAGGCAAUGAGAAGGAAGGAAAAGUUCACAUUUACACACCAGCUACCACAUACCUUCAGGCAUCCACACUUAAUCGUCUUGGGAGAAAUGUUCUGCAUAGCUAUAGUGAAAUGAUCUCUCUGUGGAAUCAGCUUGUGAAGAAUGAGAUUCAUUUGGAGAAUAACGAGCAAGCCAAACUUUUCUGCUUUAAGAUAAAGAGUACAAAACAGGAAUUUAACUUCACAGCCAGCUAUCAGAAUCUGCCAACGCCUAAGAAGACAAACUUUUCUGUGAAGAUUGUAUGGAGAGAUUAUAAAAGUCUGCCUGUCAUACUUCAGUGUGAAGGUCAGAUAAAAGAGCUGAGGAAGGAGAAGAUGCUCUAUCAAAAACGUGCAACCCUCUAUUUCAGGCAUACUUUUAAAGUGCCCUUUUUCCAGAGCUUCCUUCUGCAGGAGACAUUUACUGUUGAUAAAAAGCAAAAGCACUAUUUCAUGGAAACAAAAGUUUUGAUAAAUGGGGUGGAGGAAACAGUUCAGACUCUUAUACUUGGUUACCAACCUGAAAACCCCUAUAUUUGUGCGGGUUUAACUCAUCCUUAUAACUACAGGAUGUUUCCCAAAGAUGUUGAAAUGUGUGUUUUAACUCUAAAUCAUCAAAAUGUGAAGCAUGAGCUUGAGACCGUAUUAAAAGUGAAUAAAGAAGAUGUUCUCAGUUUUUUAGGGAGGUAUCAGGACAAAUCCAGUGAGGGAGAUUUUAGACAUCUUUUACACAUGGAUGUGACACACUCAUUCCAGCUUGAGUUUCCACAAGCAAUGGGCCUAAGUGGGGAGCUGUUUUCCAGGCAGACUAAACUGGAACACUUUGACUGUGGUGUGAGUGUAAAAGUCAUCAUCAACAAGAACAUGUCUUCACAGGCCCAGGCAUUGGUGAAGAGUUAUGGUGAAAACAAUAUCAAUGGCUCUCUUCACCUUCAUUCCAAUGGAAGAGAAACGCUGAUGCUGGAGGUCGAUGUGAACAAUGAAAACAGGAGGAAUGCCAGAAUUGUUGAACUGAGGGCUUAUCUCCAUCAGACAGUCCUGACAAAUCCAGGAUCAGUACAGUUCCAGCUCAUGGGCAAAGUAUUUCCAUCAAGACUUCUGUUAUCUUCUGACUUGAAGCUUAAUGAAAAUAGGCUUCACAUGGAUUUCAUGGGAGUCAGGGAGCAGAAAGUUGGUUUGGUUUUGUCCCUAAAUGGAAGAGUCCAACACACUUUUACUGGAUUAAAGGCCAUACCUCAUCUCCUUUCUCUGGAUGGAUUACUGAAGUGCAAAAAGAACAUUCACCAUGGUAACAUCAAUGUGAUGGUCAACAAGAGACUGUAUGGACUGCAUGUCAGGAACAGGAAUGUAUUUGGGAAAAGCACUGUGCACAAUAUCACCAUUGCCAUUUUUCAGAAUGGCAGUCAGGCAAUCCCAGGGGAGGCAAGACUGAACGGACACCUGGAACUGAGUAAAAAGGAGAAAAGGGGGCUAGCCAGCUUCCAGGUGGAUGAGAAGGCUCUUUCUGUAGAUUUUUUAAAUAUCAUGGAUCAUGAGCAUGGCAGAGUCAGCGGGACUUUCACACAUAAUGUCGACUUUUUAAAAAAUGCAGGCUUACCUUUGGAUGGCAUUCUUACUGCCACAUGUGAGCAUGGCACAGGAAAUCACACCAUUGCCAUUGCCCUGCAGAGUGGCAGUGAAAGGAUUGCUGCUGUGUUUGAGGGGCACAGACUAGCCACAGAGCCUCCAACAUCCCAGCUAUCUGUGAUCUUAAAGCACAACACCUCAAAGAUAAAGAAACUUGGGAUCCCUUUUGUUUUAGAAGCUGCUGGCUAUUAUGAGAAUUUCUCCAGAAAGAUUGCUGUGGGGAUAACAACCACAGUGGAGACAGAGCAGCUCAAGAUUGAAAUAGAGAAGAAAACCACUGACACUGCUAUGGAAAUUUCUCUUUCGCUUCACCAUGAUGUGGGAGGACUGAUGGACAUUUUUCCAUGUGUACUAGAGGUUGCUUGCAGUGCAGAAUCUGCUGACAAACAACUUUCUGGCCUUUGCAAUGGUGCAAUUGCAUUUCAUCAUUCUGAGGCUCCAGCAAGAGUUUCACUGAAUGGGUCAAUAUUUACCAGCAACUUUACUGUCAUCCUCUUUGGACACGUUUCUUUUCAUGACAUAUUUGCCUGCCUGCAGCUCUAUGCCACCACUAACACCCAUCCUCAUUUAGAAAUCAACUUCCAGCAUUCUUUGCCUUCACUUCAUUCUCUGGGAAUUGCCAAAGAGAACCAACUGAAGGUGUUAGCCAUGAGAAGUGACAAGUACAAGGGCAUCCUUGGUGUUGUCCUAGGGCCUUGCACUUUGGAAGCUGAUGGGGAAGUGAGCCUGGCAAGCAAUGAGACAGGAUGGGUACUUGCUUUCAGAAACAAGUGCGUCAGUCUAGAGAGGAUGGGAUUGCCUCAUGCUGCAGUCUUGGGGGGCUCAUUUCGACAGAACAUCUGCAACGUGGGCUUGUUAAUGAACCUGCAGUGUGAUGGCAGAGCAGUGGAUGUGCAGAUAGACACCUCCUGCCAGCAUGAAUAUACACUCCAAGGGAUGCUCAGGCAUUCACUUCCCUGGCUCAGCCAGCUUGGGCUGCCUUUUGAAAACUCUGUCCUAUUCUCUGCAGCCACAGACUCCACCACAGAGGGCAUUUUCCUGCUGCAGGCUGGCAGAUGCAGACUGAGGGCUAGAGGGGAUUUCUGUGUUCAGAAUAAAGCUGAUUGGACACUGGAAACAGAAACAGAAUGUCAACUUCUACAGGAUCUCAGUUUCCCAACUCAGUCACGUCUCACAGGAUCCAUUCAGAGAGACAAGUGCCAGGCAGAGCUGCUCUCUGUCCUGGAAACAGAAGGCAAAACUGCCCGUCUUGAAGUGAAAGCAGAGUGCAAGCCAAAGAUGGCUCUGGAAAUUCAGUUCAGGCAUGACCUCCCCCAGCUGAAGGAAAUCCCAAGGGAAAAUGAGCUGUCCAUCACUGUACGGAAACACUUAAAGUAUCUCAUUGGAGUUGGAAUGAAAUUGGGUGCCUGUGAGCUUCAAAUGAAUGGGGACUUUGACCCUGAAAAGAACCUUCAGUGGAAAAUGCUUAUAGAAAACAAAUGCCAAACAAUUCAGGAUCUUGGAGCACCAAUGAAAAUUGAUGGCUCAGGCUACCUCUGGACGGAUAAAAUGAACCUAGAUUCACAGACACUGAUCACUGUUGAUGAAAGUAAAUUCCGAGGCCUCCUUAUAAUAAAAGUCACUGAUGAAAAGCAAGAGUUGGAUGCGGUGCUAACCCAUAACAUCCAAGGAGCUGCUGAUAUUGGCAUUCCCAUGAGGAUAUUACUUGAUGUCAUAUCAGAAAAAAACAGUGACUUCUAUAAAGGAUUUAUUCAUUUCUGUGUGAACAGCAAGCAAAUUACAGAAGAACUGAACUUUGUCCAGAAGUUCGAUGUUGUCUCUCUUAACUACAAACUGACUCAUAACAUAGAGACAUUGAAGACUCUGCAAAUAAAAGACAGGAUUGAAUUGCAGGCUAUCUUGAACCUCAAAGUCACCAGGAGCUUUAGUUUGAAAGUGCUUUAUGGUGCUCACCUAACAGCUAUUGAAGGACAAAUCCAGGAGUUUGAAACAACUACCAACAUAACAGGGAAUUUCCAUCACUCUUUGCCAUGGCUGCUACAAGCCAGAGUCCCAUCAUCUUUACAGGUAGACGUGGUUUUUCAAGGGAGAAACACUACUCAAGAGAGAUACGUGCACAUUGCAGCUGGAGAAGAAUCAAUCAUGUACAUAAUAAACUCUUACUAUGUUGGCCACCAAGUGGAUCUCUUCUGCCAGAGUGUGCACAGCAGUGAGGUACUCCAGGCAUCUGGCUACCCUAAAGUAAUUAACUUGAUUUUCAGUUUACAGAAAUCAGAAAACAAAGCCAAGACAGUCUGUGAAAUCCAAUACGAUGAGAAAGACAUAACUGUGACUGUAGAUGUUGACACAGACUCUGAACUCUUUGGUAUAUUUGUGUUCAUGGCAGAGGUGAAGCAUUCAAUAUCACUUCUCCAUCACCUGGGACUUCCCUUCUUUCUUAAGAUGACAGUUCAAGAAGUCAUGACUGAAAAUGAAACUGAAGGUGCUCUGAGGCUGACCUAUGAACAAAACAAAAACUUCUCCUUUUCCAUCUGUAGAAAAAAAGACCAACAAGGUGAAGAGUUGAACAUAAAAGCACUCCAGACUCAUCCCUUCCUUCUACAGUACUUCCCUUGUGCAGCAGAACUGUCUUCUAAGGUUAAUUAUGAUAUGAGCGAAGCAAAAGGCAAAUUCUACCUCAGGAUGGAAAAAAGGGAUUUCAAUGUUUCAGCCAAGCUAACUUUGACUGGAAGCAGCUACACUAAUGCCAUUGAAGUGACACAGACCAUGGCCCAGUUUAAAAUUCUUCCAAGGCAACUUGUGUUCAUGACAAUUUACCAAAAAGGCAACAGAACUCGUCUGCUGAGGCACAUUGCCCUGUGGGAUGGCAAAGAGAUAAAGCUAACAGGCACUUACACUGGACUCUUCCCAAAGCUGCAUGGAGGUCAUGGCAUUCAGGUUGAACUUCUCCAUCCUCUCUCCAUCCCUUUUCCAUGGCAUGCCUGGGUCAACUUAUAUGUGAAACAUUCAGCACGCAGUCACCGGGAUGAUCUUACUGUCAUUUGGAAUGAGAAGGACAAGAUAUCAGUGUCAUCCUCUCUGAAGUUUGGAAGACACCGGACAAGCUACAGAGCCACUGUUACACACCCAUUUAAUUACACUCUGAAGCAACUGGAGGUGGAUUCCCUGUCAGAAAGAAGGGGCAGAAAGUACAACCAGCAGCUGCAGGUCUCAGGGAAUGCUGGGCAGCCUGCUCACCUCCAGCUGGGUCUGGAGGACAAAUCCAAGGUGGACAUAACUGCCUGGGGUGGUUGUGUGACACUCUCUGCAGGCCAGUUUCAGAGAAUAUUAAGCAUGAAACACCUGCAUGCAUGUGGGUCUCUAGAGCAAAGACCAGCACUGUUUAAUGAAUACCUAGAUCUGAACUGGGAUGACAAAACACUCAAACACAAUUUCACAUAUGAGAGAAAUCAACUCUUGCAUCCUGAUAAGUUUCAGUUAGAAGCUGUUCUGGAAAAUAUUUUCCUGACCCCAUGUACCAAACAGAAGAUUCUGGGUAAAAUGGAAACAAACUACCGCUCUUGCCUGGAUUACUAUACAAGCUUUGAGUUCUGUGACCUUCCAAAUGUAAUUGUAUUAUCUGGAAAGCACCAGCUCAACAAAGAUGACAUCAUUUUGCAGUCAGAGGGCAGAUUCCACCUUGCUGAUCACGGGAGAGAUAAGGGGUUGAUUGGAAUAUCCAUAAAGAAUCAGAGCACUGCUGAUGUAAAGAACUACACUCUGGAAAUUGAAUUAAGAGCCUUUGAAGAUAUUUGGCUAGGCCUGACAGGAACUGCUGCUUCCUCAUCUGUCCAGAGCCAAAUCCUGGUGGAGGGGAUUAUUGAUCAGAAAGAGAAAGUAAAAGUAGCUGCUUCAAAAGGAAAGGAGUGUUUUCAGUACUACAUGGGGUAUCUGCAAGCCUCGUGCUAUCCAGUCAUUCAGCUCCUGGGCCAGUCACUGUGA